AUGUUACCCCUUAGGGCAUUUGCUGCAAGUUUCAACUUGAGGAAUGCUUUCUUCGCAGCUUCUCGAAGGGCUUUAUCAACUCGAUGGAUGCCUGAUAAGGAGUUCGUAGAUGCUCAGAAAAGCCUUUACAAAGUUCCAAAAGAAAUGAUUGAUCCUGAAUAUGUCAAAAGAAGAAAUAUGUUUGAUGUGCGCCACUACGAAGUACAAUCAAUUCAGCUGAAUUUCGGUCCGCAGCAUCCUGCUGCUCACGGUGUUCUGAGAAUGAUAAUGGAACUUGAUGGUGAGAUUAUUAUUAGACUUGACCCACACAUUGGAUUUCUUCACCGUGGUACUGAAAAACUAAUGGAAUACAAAACCUAUACUCAAAAUCUUCCUUAUCUCGACCGACUUGACUACUUCAGUAUGAUGUGCAACGAACAAUGCUACUCUUUAGCCGUCGAAAAACUUCUCGGAAUUGAUAUUCCUAAGCGUGCAAAGUAUAUUCGAACAAUGUUCGCGGAAAUAACCCGUAUCUUGAACCACUGCAUUGCUUUGGGUGCAAAUAUUCUCGAUAUGGGCGCCAUCACUCCAUUCUUUUGGCUCCUUGAAGAGCGUGAAAAGCUUAUGGAAAUGUACGAACGAGCGUCAGGAGCUCGUUUUCAUGCAGCUUAUAUUCGUCCAGGAGGCGUGGCGGUCGAUAUCCCUCUCGGUUUCAUGGAAGAUCUCUACGAAAUCAUUGAAAAGUUUCCUCAACGCUUAGAUGAAUUAGAAGAUCUACUUUGUACCAACCCUUUGUGGAUUCAUCGUACAAAGGACAUUGGUGUUGUUAGUGCAGAAGAUGCUAUUGAUCUUGGUUUCUCUGGUGUCAUGUUGCGGGGAUCCGGUGUCCAAUGGGAUUUGAGAAAGACUCAACCCUAUGAUGCUUAUGGGGAUAUGGAAUUCGAUGUUCCUAUUGGUGUAAAUGGCGACGUUUACGAUCGUUUCAUCCUCCGUAUCGAGGAGGUUCGCCAGUCUUGCCGAAUUAUCCUCCAAUGUCUUAAUAAGAUGCCUUCAGGAGAGAUUAAGAUUGAUGAUGCAAAGAUUUGUCCACCAAGCAGAGCGGAGAUGAAGAAUUCCAUGGAAGCCCUUAUUCACCACUUUAAACUUUUUACCGAAGGCUAUAGUGUCCCUCCAGGAGUAACAUACACGGCAAUUGAGGCUCCUAAGGGUGAAUUCGGCGUUUAUAUCGUUUCGGAUGGAACCAACAUCCCCUAUCGAAUAAAACUUCGUGCUCCAAGCUUCGCGCAUCUUGGGGCUUCCAAUAAACUCUGCAAGGGAUAUUUGCUAGCUGAUGUUGUCUCUGUUCUUGGUAACCUGGAUCUUGUUUUUGGUGAAGUGGAUCGAUAA